AUCGGCUCGGAAAUCCUAACUGCUCGUUUCUCCCAUAUAUACCGAAGGUGCCACCAACAGUUUCCAAAGCAGCCUUUGCAUCCGAAUCGCCACAAAGAUGAAGGUUGUCGCUGCGUACUUGUUGGCCGUGUUGGGAGGUAACACCUGCCCUUCCGCCGAUGAUUUGAAGAAUAUCCUCGGAUCAGUUGGAGCUGAAGCCGAUGAUGAUAGGAUUGAGUUGCUCUUGUCUGAAGUCAAGGGAAAAGAUAUAACGGAGCUGAUUGCAGCUGGAAGGGAGAAGUUGGCUUCGGUGCCAGCUGGUGGCGGUGCUGCUGCUUUUGCUGCACCUGCUGCGGCUGGUGCACCGGCACCUGCACCUGCUGCUGCUGAGUCAAAACAAGAGGAGAAAGUGGAAGAGAAUGAGGAGUCCGAUGAUGAUAUCAUUGGUUUAAGCCUCUUUGACUAAGAGGUUUGGGUUGCUGGUUUUUUCGUUUUUAGCAUUAUAACUCGUUAUCUUCAGCUAGCUAGUGGUUUUAGUAGAAGUGUAAGUUGUAGUUGGAUAUGGUUUCAGAUGUUGAUUAGAUUCGGAAAUUUUGUUGAUCAGUCGUAUCAUUUAUAAUUAUUGUUAAUUGUUGGGUCUCCGUGAUCUGUUUCAAUUAUAACUAUCAAGUUUUUCAUUUCAGUCGUUUUGAGUUAUGAUUCCAA